CAUGUCUAUGUUUGCGUGGAUAUCAAAAGCAGUGCUAAUCAUCUGAGAUGGAAAGAGAAAUGCACCGAAAACGAAAGUUGGACAGCAGGAAGUAAAAUAUACCUACGCAAUGGAUCAUCAAGGUGAAUUGGAGAAAAAGAAGUAUAGAAACUGGGUGAGAGGUGGACUGGCGUAUAAAUAUCUUAAAGAAGGUAUAGAAGGAUUUGCUGAUGAAGUGGUUCAACAGGAACACACCAGAAUUCUUAAUGCUGUCAACCACACACCUGGACUCCCCUGUAACCAAUGCUGUCUAAGAAACCUUAGACCGAUACAUACGUGUGAGAGGGAUCCUGUUACCGGAGGAAAUAAAUGUUAUUGGGGCCAGUCCAACUGCAAUUGCCUCUAUCCAAAGAAACGCCCGUGCCAUUUUAAAGUAUGCGACAAAAUUUUGGAAGCCAUACUUAAAUGUCAUGGGUCCACACCACCCACACCAAAUUGGAAAAAUACAGAUAUACAAAAAUGGUGUACAGAGCCAUGGGAGAUCGCCAAAUGUUUCAUCAAUGCACCGGGAUAUUCAGACAAGACAAAGGCAGCUGAUAUUGACACUCCAGGGUUGCUUCAUGUAUUUAUCAACAACAUCAAUCUCCAGUCACACUUUUCAGACAUCAUUGAUGCGAGCGACAUUUUAAGAAAGAUUCUACAAAGAAGAAAUGAGUUAUUCCACUCACCGACCAUGGAGAUGGAAGACACCAAGCUGGAUGAAUGUAUAGACGAAAUCAUAGCAAUUCUUGACGAUGAGAAAGAACUGAAAGCUAGGCAUGAUGCUCAAGAAGCUGUCUACAAGCUUAAACAGUUGAAGCACGAGAGCUUUAUUAUUACUACUCACGGCGAGACCGAAGUAUGCAGAGACGCUCUGGCCUCCGUUACCAAGAAGUCAGGCGAACUGAAACAAACGAUUCAAGACGCGAAAGAUGACAUUUGUAAGAAACAAAAGGAAGCUACAGACGCUAUUGAAGAAGCAACAGAAUACCUUGAUAAGAAACGAAAAGAAGCUGCCGACGUUGUUCAAGAUGCUAAAGAUAGCAUUGAUAAGAAAGAAAAUGACGCUGUAGAAUCUAUUCAAGACGCAAAAACUGGCAUUGGUGAGAAGCAGAAAGAAGCUAUUGGUGCUAUUGAAGAGGCAAAAGCUGAUAUUGUUGAGAAACAGAGAGAAGCUAUUGACGCUAUUGAAGAAGCAAAAGCCGAAAUUGGAGAGAAACAAAACGAAACUACAGAUGCAAUUACAGGUAUUACACAGAAAGCACUACAGGAUGCUCUGCAAGAAUUGGACAAACACAGCGUGCACAAAAAAGUCGAAAGACUUGAAUUGGACAGUUCUAUUGCAAAACAGCGUCUUACUUCACUAGAAAGAAAAGUAGAUAAAAUGGACAUCAUACGUCAAAAUCAUCAGAAACAAUUAGGCUAUGUUGAAAGAAAACAAGUGCUACAGAAACAGCUGGUGACAAUGUACCAGAAUCAUUAUGUGAGAACAUCGAUUUCACCUCUUAAAUUACAAGACGACAAUUUAGAUAUUGAAGAAAUUUAUGUUGUCCCGAAAAUGGUAGUGGAAGACAUUGACAAAAGUGAAUCGAAGUCCACAGAAAGGUCAUCGAACAAGCCAAAUACUAGAGCUAAACAACAAUAUCGAGAGAUUCUACAAACGAACGGUCGAAAAAACAAAAACAUCUAUAUAGUAGGGGAUGUUGGGACAGGAAAAAGCACAUUUUGCAAAAUGAUGAUUCAGAUCUGGUGCUCAGCGGUAACAGACGAUAAUGAUAAUAAUAAGUGUAAAGAACCUCGCAGAACAGUAGGAAGAGGAAAGGUUGAUCCGUUUUCUGCUGUAAACGAUGGAAAUAUCAAUGAGAUGAGAAAGUUCGAUUUUCUUUUCUUCGUACCUUUACAGAGAAUGUCAGGACUUAGCGACAUUACUGAAAUGAUCAAAGCGUUUAUCACAGCUGCAGAUCUUACAACAAACGACUUCAUUGAUAGAAUAUUUGAGCAAGAAUCGGAACGUUGUCUCAUCGUAGCUGAUGGAUUGGAUGAAUGGACUCAUCCAAAAGUUGCAUCGGUUUUACAACAUGUCAGCUAUGGUUUACCAAAUAGAGACGGGGCAAAACAGGCCACUCUAGUUACACUUUCUCGACCGUCAGCUAAGGGAAUUCUGAGCAUGAAGUCUUCUGUAUACGAUCAAAAAGUGAAAUUAGUAGGAAUAGAUGAGAAAUCUAUGACCUAUUUCAUUGAAAAAUAUUUAUCAAAGUUCAGUAAUAAAUCAAGUCUGUCUUAUUUUGCAUUCAUGGAGAAAUUAAAAAUGGCGAAACUUAAACAUCUUGAGAAAACACCCAUGCUUUUGCAACAACUCGUAUGGUUAUACGGCUCCGGAUACGAAAUUGGAAAAUCUGUUACCGAUAUAUACAGUCAACUAGUGAAUAUCAUGCUUGGCUGGUAUCUGAACAAAGAAGAUGGAGAAGACAUGGAUGAAGAUCAGAUUGGUAUAACACAACAAAUAGAUACAAAUAUGCGUCUGCCUAGACAUUUACAAACUUUUCCAAGAUAUGAAGCAAACAAACGAUUUCUGCUUCCGUUAGCGGGAGUUGCGUUUGAAGCAUUAACUUCAGAAAAGGGAUCUAGCACAUUCGGCCGAUCACAUCUCCGACAGAGAGGUGUUCCAAAAGAGGUUAUGACAACACUCAUUAAGCUUGGUAUUUUGGUAGAAAAUAACUGUUUUAAUCCCACGCAGGAAAAUACUCAGUUGGAAUUCAUUCACAUAUCUUACCUCGAGUUUUUCGCAGCUGUAUAUGUUUCAAGCCAUUAUAAUGAAAAUCAGCGUUCAAACCUUCCAACUACCAUUUUGCAGGACCUCUUUCAAAAGUGUAAAUCUGCUGCCGACGUUCUACAAUUUUCUAACGUACUCAAAUUGAUUUGCGGGUUAUCUCCAUUCCUAAUAUCAAAACUUUCAACAUUUAUCUCCGAUACUGUUAGCGGGGAUGAAAGUUUGUUAAGGUACAGAAACUCUUUAUCCGAAUAUAAAUAUAUAUUCACCACGCAUGACACUGUAUCAGAACACAUUCAGCGUCUGAUACUCGAUUGUCUAUCGGAGUGUGAUCCAGAUGAUCAGUCGAUGGUCAACCUUUGUGAUGUUAUCAUCGGCUACUCUACAGGGAUGUCUUUUCUACAAAGAAUUAUACCGGAUAAUGUGUUAUCUCUUGAUGCAAAGUUUAUCUCUAAUGAAGAAGUAUGUAGAUGGAUUUCACGUCUGAAACGACUACAAUAUAUGAGUAUUGGUCCCAAUAUGUUAUCUUGCGGUGGAAUGGAAACAGUAACCUCCCUAAUACAAGAAGCACCUUUAAAACAUCUUUCAUUGGACUUGGUACGCUGUGACGAUCUUUUUUGUCGUGGUCAUAAAGUUGAUUUUUCAAAGAAUGACCAGCUUCAGAAACUUGAUCUGAGAGAGUGUAAGCACGUGAUAAUAUCUAACAUAAAUACUAUACAUCUUAAAACUUUGCGUUUUGAUGCUUGCAGUAUACCGAAUAUUGAUCUUCUGUUAAAUGCCGGCAAUCUCACUAAACUUCACAUUAGGAAAUUGUUCUUUAGAUCAUAUGGAUACAACAAACAUGUGGAUUCUGUGAUACAUACCUUACAGCAACUACGGAAACUCGAGUUAAAGCGGGUAGAUAUUGCUGACAAGGCUCUCACUGUAACACCCGCAAUGAGAAACCUAAAACACAUUGAACUAGAUGAUGUCAAUCUCAGCCUGCAAACGUGGCGUAGAUUCGUCGAUAGUCUUCUUACUCUUCAACAACCUGUACAAGUGGAUACAACAUGCAUUUUGCUUUCCGAAUUAAUGGAAAUUGAUAGACGUGACUACUUUAGAAGGAAUAAAACCAUGUUUCAAGUGAUAGAAGACAGACGUUACAGGUUCUGUUUUAUGACCAAAAAGUAACCGUGUUCUAUUUUUUUUUCAUUCAACGUUUUGAAGUCUGCGAAUAUUGAGAACUUGACGUUAAAACAUUACAUUAUACUUAACACAUUAUGUCUGAUUGAACUUAAAAGUUUCAAAGAGUCUUCAAAGAUUCUUGACUAAAAAUAAAAUAAGAAUAAUGUAUACUGGAGAAAAACUACGGCCGUAAUAUUGGCUUGAACUCUUACGGUUUGUAUUCAUUACGCUCUACCAACUGCGUCAGCGAUUUAAUCAAGUUCAUUGAGGUUAUAAUGCAGUAAUUCGGUCUACGGUCGAAAGAAGUCCCUAAUAAAUAGAUCCUAAAUAGAUCCUAAUUUUUCCAUUUUUCGCGCAUUUGCGCGUAAAUCGGGGGCCAAAUGGGCAUUAUUUCACUCGUGGAAUGAAUUUUACAUAAAAUAGGACACGUUUCAUGCUAAUACUCGCAUGUUUUAGAGUUGUUUACUUUAAAACGAAAGUAAGGUGUUUAUUCUGCGGACCGCUUUCCGAAAUGCGGCAAUAUGAGGGUACCUGACUUGAAGCAAAUGUAUGGAUAUCUUGUGGAAAAUAGGUCUACGACAGAGUGAAAAUCUAGAAACUGUAACAAAAUUGUUCUGAAGUAGCUGAAUUUUAUAUGAAACAAAGAACAAUUUCUUUUAUUGGUAUAUAGCCUUGAAAACAAAACAUACAUGUCAACUUACUCUAUAGAGAUUUUUCAGCCAAAUAUCGAUAUAACCCAAUUGAAAAAAGUGUAUCAUUCCGUCACGGCUCAAAACACGCGGUCGAACUAUACCAGUAUUCAAACUAUUGAAAUAUUUUGAUAAUUAUAAAGUACAUUGAUACAAGUGAAACGAUAAAUGUAACUACCAGCAUGCUGUAUUCCCAUCAUAAUAAAAAGAUCGGGAUACUCUUAUGAGUUUUAUUCAUUACAAAUAAACAAGUAUUAAAAGUGCAUAUUUAUUGUGGUUGGGCCGCUGUCUUAAUGCGAUUGAACCGGUACUGGUUGGGAACCAGUUUCCGGACACAUGUAAUAUCCGCUUUAUUCCAUUGUUAUUCACGUAAUUGUUUCAUCUAGAUCAUUUAGAUGUUUGUUCUUCAUGUCUACAACAAGCCACUAUAGUACAAGGCUGUAUAAUAUUAGAUUUUAUGAUGAUACCUCACCUGUGAUUAUAAAACAACUUUUCGGGGCAUGAAGGUAGCAUUGCGCAUGCGCAGUAGUUUACACUUGCCGAGGUAUCAAGUGGGGAAGAAAUAAUUAAACUACAUAUUGAUUGUCUGCUGAUAACAUGUGCUACUUUUAAUUUCACGGUAACAGUUACAUAAAAUGCAGGGCAGUCGAUUUUUGCACUAAUUUAAUUCUAUAUCUAUUUGAAUUAUCAAGAAUUCGUGUUAGACGAAAUAAGAGUUUUUAUAGUCAAUUUUGGUUUGCUUUCGUAGCUGCUAUUGAACGUCGGGUUAUGUUUAAUGUGCAUUUUUGAAGAGAUUAAUGAUAAAGAAAUGUGUAAAAAUAGUUUACUUACUUAUUCCGAUAUCAAAAUAACAGCAAAACAUCGUCAAAAUAUUUGUCGGGAUACUGGUUUACUUCACGGGGAAAAUAACUUCUUUUAGUGACCCCAUUUGAGGCCUCAUGGAACCCAUAUUUUACGUCACAACGCGAUGCUGAUUACAACAUCGGAUGCGGAAGGAGCUGAAGUUUGUGCAGUGUGGGCUUCAUUUAUGUCAAAUUUUUUUUAGGGUAUAAUAGAGCCGAAAUAUGAAAAUGUGUUCGAAAAAUGGUUCCCAACC